AUGAAGUUUCUUGCCAGUGUCCUCACGCUCACGACUAUUGCUGGAGUAUCCGCCGUGCCUGCAUCCAACAGUGCCACCACAAACACUGUCAUCAGUGGCGAGUUCACCUACAGCGGUAAAGGAGUCGACUUCGCGGUUCAAUGCAGUGGUGGCCUUACCCCACCUCAUGCAGAUUGUCAGCCUGGGAAAUGCCAAUGCAAUGGGAACUAUGGUUGCUGGUCUUGCAAUGGUGGACGCAUGCAGUGCCAGCCUGGACCGGGCUCUGGGAGUUGCUGGGCCUAA